UGCUUCAAAAUUCACGAGAAAUGAAACUCCCUCCUCUGAUAUAUUGUUGUGAUAUUGGGCAGGUUAUACAGGUUCCUUAUCUGCAGUAUUCCGGUGAACACACACAGGCUGCGGCAGAAGCUGAUGGAUGAAGAGCUGAAGACAUGGCACAAACGUUUAAUGGAAAACCAGGAGACCUGAUCGUGAUCAACCGUUUGGCCUAUCACCACUGGGCCAUCUACAUCGGAGAGAAUGAAGUGGUUCAUUUAGAUCCAGAGGGUGGUGACUCAUCUAGCUCGCUGGAGCUUCUGAGCUUCAGAGGAGAGGUGAAGCGUCAGAAGCUCACUGACCUGGUCGCUAAUGACACUUACCAGGUCAAAAAUCUGCUGGAUCAAAGGUACAGGGCUCGUGAUCACUACGUCAUAGUGAAGGAGGCCAGUGCGAUGGUGGGUCGCCAGCUAUCGUACAAUGAUGACACUUACAACAGCGAGCACUUUGCUAGGGACCUGCGAUACGGCGAGGCAGAGUCUCGGCAGGUUCGAAGAGCAGCUUGCCCAGCAUGGGCCGGCCUCGCUGCAGCUAGGGCUGCAACUAACGACUUCUCUGAUAGACGAUUACUCUAUCGAUCAUUGAAACGAUUAAGCAAGAAAUCGGAUUAUGAUUGACACAACUUCUCAUCGCUCUUAUUUAGC